AUGGGUCUCUUCGGUCAUCACUCCACCGACUCCACCACUACCCCGGGGUCCUCUUCGAAUUCCACCCGCUCUCCGCGUCGGUCGAACGCCGAGCCCACUCCCACUGAAUCCCGUCGCAGUGGUCUCUUUGGUUCAAAACGCAACGAGUCUCCUUCCACUACUGCAUCUGUUUCUAGCGGGAGCAUCAAGCAUAGUAGCAGCAUCUUGCAUCGCAAUCGUGAGGAUCCCAGUAUCUCUGCUGCCCGCGAUCAGGUCACCGCUGCCGAGGGAGCGGAGAAAGCCGCAGACAGGGCGCUCGUGGCGGCAAGACAGUCCGUCAAGGAUGCUAGAGACCAUGUGAAGAAGUUGGAGAAAGAGGCCGCUGAGGAUGCAAGAUUGGCUAGGAUCAAGCAGGACCAGGCUGCCAGUAUCUCGAAGAGGGCCAAGCCUUUGGGAAGACAUGGACACUAG